AUUUCCCCAAUUCGUGUCCCCAUCAUCACUGCCUCCUUCCACUACUGGCUUGCUCACCGACCCAUGCGGAUGACUCCGGCGGCCAUCAACUUCUGGAUCUUCAUCCGCACCUGGGAGUUCUUCAUGUGCUCCUGGAGGGCGGCGGGGUCGCUCUUGGCUUGCUGGAGGAUGGUCUGCAUGAUAGGGUCCUGCAGGAUGGACAUGAUCUAUGGAUUUCAUAGUUAGCGACAGGAUCCCACCGAUAUCAGGUGGACAAACAACUCACCUCAGGGUCGUUCUGGAUUCUCUCCAUCGUCUGUUGCUCGGUCUCGCCGGCACGGGCGCUGAACUGAGCAUCCAAGCACUUCUGCUGCUGCUGCUCGAUCUCCCGGGCGUGGGUGCCGUCGUCGUGCUCCGAAGCUUCCGUGCAGACAUCCAGAGCCUUGUUGUACUCCUUCAUGGCAACCAAAGCCUGCGCCUUGCGCAUGUACGCCCGAAUGAACUUGGGAUCCCGCUUGGUAGCUUCGUCACAGUCCUGCACCGCCUGGGGGAAAGCCAUCAGCUUGAUGAGAGCCGCAGCGCGGUUGGAGAACCCGCGGGGGUCCUCGGGGGCGCGCUUGGUCAUCUCGGUGAAGGCGUCCACGGCAGCAGGCCAGUCACCCUCCUGGAACUUGGCCUGGCCGAGCUCGCGGGCCUUCUCGGCUUCAGCAGGGUCGACGUAGGCCUCCUUUUCAGCUUUGGCCUUGGCCUUCUCGGCGUUGCGCAGCUUCGUGAGAACAUCGGGAGUACGGUGCUCAGUCAGCGCCUUGUGGUAGAACUCGAUGGCCUGGCCGAGCUCGCCAAGCUUCUCGUAUGCGGUACCGAUACGUGCAAAGGCCCUACGUACAAUCACGGACGUUAGCCACGGUCAGAUGCCAAAUCGCACGGAGAACCCUUACUUAGCAAUGGCCUUGAAGUCGGCUCUGAGCUCACGACCC